AUAUCACGUUUUUGAUUCAGUUUAGAAGAAGUUUCAUGUUCAAUGAGUUUGUUCAAAAUUCAGUUUAAGUAAAAAUUAUUUAAAUUUAUUAUUAUUAAUUGUGGAACUAUUUUUUGUUAAUUGUGUUGAACAUUAUUUAUUGUUACUUCCUCCAUGGCAAUUUUCGGGGAUAUUGCUACUAUUCGGACUUGUAUUGAGCCAUUCACAUGUAUAUUUCCUUCUCUUACACCGUAUGGACAGGAUAAAAUUAUUUUCAGUGAAAGUAAACAUCUUGCUGUACUCUAUGAUUUGAAUACAUGCUUACCAAUUAAGUGUUGGACUUUCAGUGAACUAGACUCGCUAGUUGCACCUCUAAUUUAUGACCAUGUAAACGAAAAAUUUGUUGCUGUUAAACAAUUGAAAGUAGCUUUAUAUAAAUGCGACUCUGAGGAUGAUCUUGUUCAAGUUAGGCUUGGUAAAUCAAUUCAUUGCUUACUCGCCAGUCCUAUCAAAGAGUCUUUAGUUCUAUUUAAAAAUGGGUUUGUUCGACCGUUGGGUUCAGUAAUUGCCGAAAAGGGAAAAUUUCCCGGAGAUGGUAUCAUUCCAGAAAGCGAGGAAAUAAUAAAAACUACCAUUAAUCAAUUUAAUCCAGAAUCAUCUUGGGUUGCUCUAUUAACUAAAACUCAAAAUUGUUUCAAUAAACUUUAUAUGAUCAAAGCAGAUUUUAUUAAUGGACUGGGAAAUUUUGAUGCCAAGUACACAGUAAAACAAAAUUACAAAUGUUUAACAAUGACAAAAAGUGGGAAACCUAUUGGUUUAACCGAAAAUGGAAACAUCCAUCUUCUUGAUAUUGAUGGCGACCAACUUCUGCUAUCUCUACGUGAUUCCAUCACAAUAAGUGCACUUUGUUUACCUGAGGAAGAUACACUAGCCGUUGUUGUUCGAGAAGGGGAAACUUAUUCAUUGAAAAUAGUUAAUUUGAAAUUUAAAGUUAUCACUAGCCAAUUACCUCUAGACAUUGUACCUAUACCUGAUUUUAUAUCCCAAUCAAAUGGAAAACUCUUCAUCGCCAGCCCAAAAGCAAUGUUGUGCAUACAAUAUGAAAUCAAGCCCGCUACUUUGGCUAGCGUCAUGGGGAAAAAUUUCGUUCCAAAUAACAAAAGCUGUAAACAGCAGCCUUCUUCUGACCAUAUCUUUCUCGAUUCAUCGACAGAUAUCAAAAUAACUACACUAUUAACUGAUGGCAUUACCUUGACUGAACUAAAGAAAUUAUUACCUAAACCUGAUGAAAUUUUAUCAGAAAGGGCUAUCUUUUCUGCUCUGGCAACUAUUCUGAAAGCGAAAUGUUUUUCGCCUCAAGAUACUAUGUGCAAAGAACUUUUAAAUUCUAUCAUCUCUCGCCCAUUCAAUCAUAACUUCAUGGUUUCUGUUGUAAAAUCAACUAAUUUAAGUGCUGACCAAUUUGUCCAAAUUAUCGACAUCCUGAUUGAAAUGCUGCAAAUAGAUAAUGGCUUUAUAAUUGAUUGGUUAAUCGUCAUCUUGGACGCAUGUUUAAAACUUCUGUUAUUCACUAAAAGUGAUGUUAUCAAAAAUACUCUUAAGAAAUUGGACGACAAACUAAUUAUGAUGGAAGAGUCGCUGGAAAAAUGUCACGAAAUAUCCACACUAUUGGAUGAUUUAUUAACUUCUAAGACUAAAUUAUCUAAUAACUCUAUGUAUAAUGGUAUAAAACAUGAUAAAUAUUGUAUCGAGGUUCUUGAGUUAUAAUAUAUUUUUUCCAUGUACACUAUUCAAA